UGUACGAAAUCGGAACCUGAUCCCGGUUGGAUGGAAAACAUGAACGGGCCGUCUGGCAUUGUUGCUGGUGUUAUGACUGGAUUCUUGAGGACUGUUCCAAUUGUCAGAAACAAAAUCACGGAUAUAGUACCGGCGGAUUACACCGUCAACGCGUUGAUUAGUGUCAUGUGGGACACGGUGAACAGAUACCAAAAUUCCAAUUUGAUAAACCAGGAACCAAAAGUAUAUAAUUACGUUUCUAGUGUUGAGAGUCCCUUGUUAUGGGGUAGGUAUAUUGAAGAAAUGCAAGAUCAUUAUCACGAAGCACCUCCUCUACAAGCAAUAUGGUAUAUUUUUUAUGUUUUUUAUACCAAUUUAUGGAUUGGAAAAAUUUUGAGAUUCGUAUUGCAUCGGGUACCAGCCGCGUUGAUGGAUUUUUGGUUAACUGUUUGUGGUAAAAGUCCUAAAUUUUUAAAAAUGUAUGUGAAAACGGAAUUCAUGAUGGAUUUACUUUAUGAAUUUACUACGAGACAGUGGAAAUUCGAUAAUAGUAACAUUAGGGAAUUGUGGUCGUUGCUAAGUCAAGACGACCGUAACGUGUUUUGGUAUAGCUUGGAAGAAUUUGAUUGGACAUCUUAUUUGAACAUUUAUUUUUAUGGUAUCAGAAAACACGUGUUACAUGAAGAAUUGAGUAACGUGGCUAAAGCAACAGUGAAAAAUCGAAAGUUAUUUUGGAUGCAUCAGWUUUGUAUUUUUUUAAUUAUUUACUGUGCAUUUCGAGCAUGUUGGACUUUUGUAUCUUGUAUUAUUAUUGAUUGA